GGAAGUUUUAUAAAUGACUCAUAUUUUAGUUAAAAAUGUCUUAAUGAUAAUUAAAAAAUAAGUUGAACGGGUCAUAUAUAUUUUGGUGUUGUAUUCUGUUUUUCAGCCAAAUUGUGUUAAAUCUCUGCAGAGACGCCUUAUUUUUUCAUAACUUCAGAUAUUGCAUUACCUUUUUAACCUAUUGAGAGUACAUAGGUACUGGCAUUUAAACAUUACAUCUUUAAAAAAAAAAACAUCUAUUUCUUAUGUAUUUACUUAUUUUUAUAUUGACUAUGUGAUGGCUGUCCAAAAACCCAAUAUGUAUAUUUUGUAAUUAAUAUUUUUGUUGUAUUUAUUUGUUGGCUUCCAUUCCAGACAACCUCUGUAAAUACCCAGCAUUAUUUCUGCGCUCAGGUGAGACGGUCACGUGAUGCUCCAGGUGAGACACAGGUGUAAGAGGAGGCCCUGUGCGCUCCAUCCAUUAUUCAGACGGAGGAAUCUGAUUGGCUGCACGAGCUUGUGUCUGUGCACCGGUCGCGUUCUGUCUGUCUCUCUCUCUUCUGAACACCGUCUUCCUCAGAGUGUCUCCUGUGGGUCAAGAGAGUUACGGAUCUGGUAAAGUCAUUUAUUUCAUUAUCAUCAGUUAUCUGUGUGCUGGUGUUAGUUGGAAUGAAACUGAUCCGAGAUCAGCUCAGGGUUGAGCUCGUGUCUUCAGUUACAUCUCUGGCAGGUGAAGGUGUUCUGUCACAUCACAGAGCAAAAACCAAGGCAUUUUAAUUAUGUAUGUGUGCAGGAACUGAAGUAUUUGCUCUAGAGUAAUGUCUGUUAGGCUGAUAGUGGUACAAUGGACCUCUAGCAGUCAGUGCUUAGCUUUUUCUGCUUUGAGAAUAUUACAAUGCAGUUUUUACUGUGUUGCUAUGUGGUUAUUCAUAUUUUAAGUGUUGCUAUAUAUUGUCCAGGGUGUUCUGUUUAUUUGUGAAUCUUACUCAUUUUCUUCACGGUAAAAAGUGACAGAUACUGAUUUUUUUCAGUAAAAACAUUUUAAUAUAGUUUUGUUAAAUUCUAGAUAAUUUUUUUUUUUCAAUUAGCAUUUUGAGAGGGUUUCGUGGUACUAGUUGAUAUUUAUGCAGUAAUAUCCAUUUUACAUAUAGAUUGUAUUUUUAAAUAUAUAUAAUUAUAUAAUAAAAUCUAUAGAUUUUUUUUAUUACUUUUCAAUUUUGGAAGGCAGAUUAGCACCAUUUGGUUGUUAAAAAAGAAAGAAAAACAUGUAAUGCCAUUGUGUUCCCACUAGUUGCCGCUAAAGCGCUCUCUAGAGUGGCAUGUGAAUUGCCUGGUUGUUUUUAGACAUAAUAACAUUAUUUUAUUAGGUGGGAGAUUUGAAUAUAUAUUUAAAAAAAUCAGAAGACUACUUUUUGUCACAUUUUAGAUAUUUUUAGAAAUAGUGAUUUGAAGUGCUAACGUGCUGAUGUUUUGCAUGACUCCAAAAGAGUUUUUUGGGUCAGUAAACGCAUGUCCUAAUGCAACAUUUGUAUUAUCAACAUGAAUGUUAAAAUCUCUGACAUUAGUACUUUAUCAACGGUAACCGAAAGGUCUGAGAGGAAAUCUGCAACGUUUUUCAAAGUGACGUUUUUUUUUUUUUUUGUUUAUUUGUUUGUUUGUUUGAGGAUCACACCAGUUUCACCGAAGUGUGUUUUUUUUCCCAUUCACUUCCAAUGGUUGGUCAUUUCUGACCAAAGACCAAGAGUCUAAAAAGUCACCAAGUUAUGGAAAAUUCUGAUGAAGCUGUGAUUAAAAAAAAUUCAAAACUUAAAAUUCUCCAGUCAGAAGUGACAGAAGACCACAGAAGGGCUAAUGUGUUGCUAUGUGCAGGGCUAGAUUUACCUCUUAAUAUUUUUUUACACCUAAUCCUAUUAAUAAAUACUUUUACCACCCCAGCCAACACAAUUAAUCUCAAUCAUAUAAAUAAAAAAUCAGUGUUCUCUAUCACAGAAUUACAAAUAACUUAUUUGUAUAUAUAAGAACAAUUUUGUGGCAUAAAAAUUUAAAGAGUUUGUUGUUUGUAUCUUAUUUAUUUAUUGUUAGUUUAUUUUCUUGGUAAAAUCUUUUUGUUGUUAUUUUUUCACUGUUAUAUGAACCCUGUAGAAUUAAAAGUAAUUUUCCUUAGUGUAAUUUGGGCCUGUAGAAGUUUUUUUUUUUCUAGUUUAAAUAUCUAAAAACUCUUAAAUUAGGAUGCAUUUAUUAGACAAAAACACUGACGAACAAUAUAUAAUCAAGUUUCCAGGGAAAACAGCAGUUAUAUAUCUGCCAGUGGGGUAAGUAAAAUAAUCUUUAUUUAAGAAUAUUUCACUUAAACCACUGGCAAAAAUCACUUAAUUUAGUUUUUCCCCUGAAGCAAGACUAAAUAUCUUACAUCGUUUUUCUUAUCUAGUAAAUGCAUUUUAAUUUGAGUAUUUUUAGAUAUUUUGACAAGAAAUGAAACAAAAGUGCUGAAUAAGACGAGCUGUUUUUGGCUGUGCAUGCUUAUGCAUUAAUCUGACCCUGGCUAUGUGGUUUCUAACAUGUGCUGUUGCUAAACUGUUCUGAUUGAUUUUAAUUUGUAGUUGCUGUGCGUUUGCUACUAGGGUGUGCUUGGUGGGUUUGUACUGUCUGAAGUGUCUCUGUGUUCUCAGAUCAAAGCUGAAGAUGGUUUCUCCUGCGAUCGCGUUGGCUUUUCUUCCGUUCUUGCUCACACUGAUUAUCCGUUACCGAUAUUAUUUCGUGCUGCUGUAUCGGGCUGUUCUUAUCCGCUGGGUGCGGGACUGUCUGACGGGCCUCAGUCGAGAGGAGCGGGCGUUUCAGUACAUCCUGACCCACGCCACACCCGGAGACGCCCAGAGCAUCCUGGACACAUUCGACCAGUGGUGCAGCAAAGUGGAGUUCAUCAGCAACAUCGGACCCAAGAAAGGUAAGAUUCUGGACCGGCUGCUGCAGGAACACUGUCCCAUCACAGUGCUGGAACUGGGCACUCACUGCGGCUACAGCACAGUCCGCAUCGCCCGCUCGCUGCCCAUCGGCGCACGCAUUUACUCCGUCGAGAUGGACGAGAGAAAUGCUCAAGUGGCUGAGAAAAUCAUACGGCUGGCAGGUUUUGAUGAGGACAUGGUGGAGCUGAUCGUGCGUCCGUCGGAUGAGGUGAUCCCGCGUCUGCGUGAGGAUUUCGGCGUGGAGCGUCUGGAUCUGGUCUUCAUGGAUCACUGGAAGCGCUGUUACCUGCCGGACCUGCAUCUGCUGGAGGGCAGCGGUCUGCUGGGUGAGGGCUCCAUCAUUCUGGCAGAUAACGUCAUCUUCCCCGGAGCGCCCAACUUCCUGCGACACGUGCGCCGCUCAGGCCUGUACGAGGUCAGAGUUCACCGUGCCACGCUGGAGUACAUCCGUGGCAUCCGUGACGGCAUGGCCGAGCUCACCUUCCUCGGGAUCAAGUAAAACACGCUUACAGGAUGUUAAAGUGACACUCUGAACAGUUGGUGUCACAGCUUUCGUUUAUUUGAUGCUGGUUCACUAGCGUCAAUCAUCAGGUGAUUAGCAACAUUCACAUUCAUCCGAAGUGACUUGCGUUGCAUUCAAUGCACACAUUAACAUUUAAUCGUUCCUUGCUUUUUCUGGGAAUCAAACCCAUGACCUUGGCGUUGGUAGUGACGAGAUUUACGUCUGAGCUAUGGGAAAGACAUUGAACACUUAUUAAGUUUAAGUAUUUGGGACUUAAUUAAAGCUGGCACAAAAUAACAAUUUUAUUAUGGACAAUUCAUCUGUGCAUACUUUUUUAAACCUCAUGUUUUAUCAAAAUGUAAUAACUGGACCUUCUGGUCAAAACUUAGGAGUGUAAAUUAUUUUCAGAAAUAAAUUUCCACUAGACAGAAAAACUUUACUCUGGUUAAUAGUAAACAUUAAAACAUAAGUACUUUUAUCCCUUACAACUUCUUUU